UGUUGCCCUUCAUGUUAAGUGCUUCCGGUCAGAGUUCCAUGGUCGCGAACAUGGUUUUACUGAAGCUGCAGAGCGUUUUAUCACGGUGUGUGUGCCCCGUGCUCGUCAGUGCGCGCGCCGCGGGCCUCUGCCAGGCGUCCCCGCUGCACACGCAGACUCCUCUGCUCGGCUCCAACAGGACGUCGGUGGUGCGCUGCGGCCGCCAGAAGUACGAGAGGCUGUACCCCGUGAUGCUGGUCCGACCCGACGGGUCCACCGUCCACAUCAGAUACAGAGAACCCAGACGCAUCCUCAUGAUGCCAGUCAAUCUGUCCAUGCUGUCUGAAGAGGAGCGCCGAGCCAGACAGAAAAAGAGAGAAGUGAAGAAGACGAAAGAGCAGACCGCAGUCCAGUAUGAUGAUGACUUCAAAGUCGACAAAUACAGCCACUUCUGGAAGAGGAAAUAACGUCUAUGACUUCUAUAUACGUGAAAGGGAAGCCUGACUGGACCAGCGUCAGGAGAGAGCAGCCUCUCAAUUCCAUUUGUCCGUAUACAGGAUAUUUGAAUUAGAUAAAAUAGGAUUCCUCCAAAAGGUGGUCUCUGGACACUGAGGCCAGACCAAGGACAUUUGUAAUGCAGGAUGACUGACGAUACACACCACCUGUAGCAUGCAGAGCUCUGCUGCUGAGUGCUAGGACUCUGACUGGCCUUGAAGUGUAAAUAACCUACGGAUGGAAUAUGUAACAAUGUUGAGUAAAUAAAGUGUUUUAAAGACGUG